AUGGGUGCGGAGGGCCAAGGACCUGAGUUCCAGGCUGAAGCCUGUGGUACCAGCGGGUGCUGUUUUCAGGACCCGCCAUAUCAGAAUGCAGACUCAGGAUUUCCUCCAAGCUCAGCCUCGGGUCCCAGAGACCUGAACUGCUACCGGAUAUUUGGUGCCAAUUAUGAAUGCUCCUGGGAGUAUGAGGGUCCUGCAGCUGGGGUCAGCCACUUCCUGAGGUGCUGCCUCAGUCCCAGGAACUGCUGCUACUUCUCUGUGGGCUCAGCCACCAAGCUGCAGUUCUCUGAACAGGACCGUGUACCUGUGCUCCACGAUGUCACUCUCUGGGUGGAAUCCUGGGCCGCCAACCGGACAGAGAAGUCGCCCAAGGUUACCCUGAAGCUAUACAGCUCCGUUAAAUACGACCCUCCUCAGCCAGAAGACAUCAAAGUGUCACGGUUAGCAGGGCAGUUGUGCCUGGAGUGGGAGACCCCAGUCCGCAAGGAUGGAGCUGAGGUGCAGUUCCGGCACCGGACACCUGGCAGUUCGUGGAAGUUGGGUGACUGUGGACAUCAGGAUGAUGCUGGCUUUGAGUCAUGCCUCUGCCCGCUGGAGAUAAACGAAGCCCAGGAAUUCCAGCUAAGGCGGCGGCAGCUUGGGCCAGGGGCCCAGAAUGGUCCCUGGAGCAGCUGGAGCAGCCCCGUGUGUGUCCCCCCUGAGCCCCCCCCACAGCCCAACGUGUCAUUCUUGGUGAAGCCGCUUGGCCCGGAUGGGAGGAGGCAAGUGACCCUGCAGAGGCAGCUACCCCAGCUCCAACUCCCAGAAGGCUGCCGUGAGUCCAAGUCUGGCGCAGAGGUGACCUACCAUCUCCAUCUGCACAUGCUGUCCUGUACCUGUAAGGCCCAGGCAAGGAGGACCCUGCGUCUGAACAAAACACUCAACCUCUCUGGUGCUGCCUACGACCUGGCUGUUAUCUCCCAAAAUCGCUUUGGCCAUGGCCCCAACCAGUCGUGGCACAUUCCUGCCCACACACACACAGAACCAGGAGCUCUGAAUAUCAGUGUUGGAGCCAACGGGACCACUAUGAGUUGGGCGGCCCGGGCCCCGGGCCUGACAUACUGUAUUGAGUGGCAGCCCCAGGGCCAGGAUAAGAGCCCUGCCAACUGCAUCCUGACUGCGCCCAAAGACCAGGCUUCUGCUGGAACUGCAACUCACCACUGGAGUCGAGCUUCUGGGGCAAUGAGGCAGCAGGCAUGUUACCACAUCACCAUCUUUUCCUCUGCGCGACCAGAGAAGCCCACCUCAUGGUCCACAGUCCUGUCCACCUACCACUUUGGGGGUAAUGCCUCAGAGGCUGGGAGCCCACAGCACGUGUCAGUCAAGAUGCUCAGCCCGGACUUGGUGUCUGUGGACUGGGUGCCAUCUCUGCUGAGCACCUGCCCCGGCGUCCUAAAGAAGUACGUCGUACGCUACUGGGAUGAGGACAACAACCAGGUGACUGAGCUGCCUGUGAACUCCACAGAGACCCAGGUCACCCUUGGUGGCCUGCAUGCUGGCACAGCCUACAGCGUGCAGGUGCGAGCAGACACUGCGACACUGAGGGGUGCCUGGAGCCAGCCUCAGCGCUUCCGCUUCCCCAAGGAAAUCCAGUUUUCAGAAUCGUCUCAUUUGUCCAUCAUCCUCGCAUCUCUGGGGAGCUUCCUGAGCAUUCUCCUCCUGGGCAUCCUUGGGUACUUCAGCCUGAACAGAGCCUUGCCGCACCUGUGCCCGCCCCUGCCCACACCUUAUGCCAGCACUGCUGUGGAGUUUCCUGGAAGCCAGGGGAAGCAGGCUUGGCAGUGGGCCAGCCCAGCAGACUUCCUGGAAGAGGAGGAAGAGUCCCUGAAAGAGGGCCUGGUGAUGAUGAUGCCCUGUGAAAAAAUCAAGGUGGCUGAUCUGGACACAGUCAGCCCUCUCAAAGACAAGACAGAGCUGCUUCAGGGCACCCCUGAGCCAGCCCUAGACACAGAGCGGCCGUUGGAGGACAGGAGACAGGUGCACAGACACUCUCAGGCCAGGGUUCUGGGGCCCAGUGGGCAGGACAGUCUGGAGGGCAGCCCUACCCAGGUGGCUGGACUGUCUCUGCACCUGGGAAAUUAAAUGCAGAGUCCCAGGUCCGAUGGUCCUUCACAUAUGGGCCUGGAGGCCUGAAGGAAAAAAGAGAAUGUCCACCUCAUCUUAUGGACUGAAAGACUGAUACUGAAAU